GCCUUCGAACAGACCAUUCAUGUAUUGAAGAUAUUAAAAACUCCGGGCUUUUAAAUUGGAAGUCAUUUGCAAGAAUGCAUGCGUGGAAUCAAGCAAGAAUACUGAUGUCUGUUUCCUUAUCAGAGUUGAAAAACUCAAAACCGCAAUGAUUACGGCAAGCGUCGCGGACGCCGCGUUGUGGGGCGUAGGUAUGUUGUUUCCAUUAGUCACAGCUGCGAGCAACAAGUGAUACGUCGUCUUCGUACGUCUUGUUUAUUCCGCCAUUUUCCCUUGUGUUAUGUGGACUGAAAACGAUAAAACAGAGGAACGUGUGCGCAAUGGAUUGGGCGCUGUCAACUCCUUGGCCGUUAAUGAUGAUCGAAUCGCUCCGGUACCAAGCACGGCCGCUGCGACACCUUCCAUAUCCAAUUUAAACGUGAAUAAUUCAAAAAAAGUGCACAUUGGUCCAAAAUUUGUAUCUGUCACGCAGAAUGUACAAAAUCAAGAGCUGGUCAAAGGCCGCUUUCUAGGCCUUGAGUUGGUCUCGCCAAAUAAUGCACGUACACUGCGCUGCAGCGUGGCUGUCUUCAUAUGCUGGGCAUUUCUCGUAGCAUCUGGCCUGGCAAUCUACCUGAUAUACAUGACCCUACUCAAACACCAAACACGACUAGACAUAGGUCUGUCGGAGUCCUGGUAUCUUCGGCGGGAAGACUGGCAAGCGAUGCCUUCUUACAGUGAAGAAUUUCUUGCACUCCCGGUAUCCUCUGUGAUAAUAGGACAUUCAGCCGCAAAGUACUGUAAUCAGAAGUUCGCUUGUGUAGAAGUGAUGUUAUCCAUACAACAAGAUCAUUUGAGAAGGGGCUGGUUGGAUAUUGGGCCUAAUUUUCUUGUGGGGGGUAAUGGAUUGGUUUUUGAGGGCAGAGGUGCGAAUAUUUUGGGCGUCAUGGUAUCAUUUUGGAAUAGAAGAAGCAUAACAAUAAUGUUUCUCGGAAACUACGUAAAUGACGUACCUGAUGAAGCACAGUUUCAACAUGUAAAUAUUUUACUAAAAAGACUAGUAGAACUGGGAGUGUUGACUCCGAACUUUAUAGUUUACGCACAAUGCCAAUUACAACCUUUGACCGUCCCACCGGGUCGACAUUUAUUGCGAUCAAUGGACAAAGUAAUUCACUGGAGUUCUACAAACAUUACGGGUUGUUUAUCCAAGCUCUCCUUUCCUAAAUAUCUUUGGAACAUCGUGAAGAACAGUUCUCGUACAGAACGACUGUCUUGCGCGGCAGCAAUCACGGUUCUUAUCACGUGUAUAGCUCUCAUUGGUUACUUCACAGGCCAGUCAGCCAAUACAUCCGAACCGCCUAUAGACAAAGCACCACAUGAAUGGCGCAUCACUCGAGAGAUGUGGCUGGCCCGGCCGUACAACUACACCCACACGUUAGACACCUUUGAGCCAUUGAUGUUGGUCAUCUUUCAGCAUACAGUCAGCCCCCAAUGCAGUCUCUUUAAGAACUGCGCCGCUGAAUUGCGCAAUUUGCAAGGCUAUUUUAUAAGUCAUUAUGACUAUGAUAUACCAUACAACUUUCUGAUCGGAAAUGAUGGUCGCGUUUAUGAAGGUCGAGGAUGGAACAUCGAAGGAGCCCAUACGUUUGGCUAUAACCGAUGCUCCAUUGGAAUCGGAUUCAUAGGUGAUUAUCGUGGAGAAAUUGAGAGUCACGCCUCGGUGACUGAAGCUCAGUUAAAUAGAACGAGAAUGCUUCUAGAAGAGGGUGUACGACUUGGCCAUUUGCGAAAAGACUUCUUGGUCAUUGGUGCCAAGGACUUGGGACCCACCGCGAGUCCAGGAUCCAUUCUAAACAAUGCCAUAAAGCAGUGGCCAAAUUACGACCACAAAAAUCGCUUUUAUAAACUAAAUUGUGAAAAAAUUGAAGAAAAAUUUGGUAAUACCACAUUAUACUAGUUUGGAAUGUAAGUAUAUAGCUGCCUGUUAGCAUUAUUUCUGUUGAAUCUUACAAAUAUAUUUUUGUAACUAUAUUAAGAUGUAAAUUUGUACUUUUAACUGUAUGUAAUUUUGUACUUUUUUAAUAAAUGAGUCGAAAAAUGUGUAAAAAUAAAAAGAUUUGUAAAUGUUUUA